GGGGAGGGGAGCAGGGGGCGCGGCGCUGCCAGGGCCUGGCAGGCUCCACGUGGCGGGCCGACCCCCUCCCGCGGGCCCCCUUAGGCCCGCUCCCCUCCUCUCUCCCUCGCAGGCCCGGGGGAGCCCGGGAAGCGCAGCGUAGUCGUCGUGGCCGGAAAGAGCUGGGUGGGGGCGGGGCCGAAGUGUCGGGCCGCCAUCCCCUCCCCCUGGUGCCCUAGGGCCGCCCGCAGCCCGCCCGCCGCCUCCCGCGCAGCUAGUUUUAGACGCCUGUAAAUUUUCAGUGCUUCCAAGGUGGUGUAAUCCGGGGAGAGGUGUGGCCACUGCUGUUCUGAUCUUCGCUCUGGUCCUUACCCAGAAUGUGGUACCACAGGCUAUCCCAGAUAUACUCUGGCAUUCAGCACCAGUUGAAGGGAGGAGUCAGACACCAGGCCCUUCAGCAUCCCUGCUUCCAAAACAGACUUCUAGUAGCUCUACGAUGGCAGCACACAGCCCUGGGGCCUCUGAACUGUGCCUGGCAGCAGCAUGAGGAUCAUUUGGAACUGCGCUAUGCUGGCACGGUGAUGAGAUUUGAUUAUGUUUGGCUCAGAGAUCACUGCCGCUCAGCAUCUUGCUACAACUCCAAGACCAAUCAACGCAGCUUGGAUACUGCUAGUGUGGACUUGGGCAUCAAGCCUCAGACCAUCCGUAUGAAUGAGGCCAUGCUCUUUCUCACAUGGCCAGAUGGUCAUGUGACCAGGUACAGUUUGGAGUGGCUACUGAAGAAUAGCUACGAAGGGCAGAAGCAGGCCGUCCAGCCUAGAAUUUUAUGGAAUGCAGAGAUCUACCGGCAGGCCCAGGUUCUGCCUGUUGACUUCCAGAGCUUUUUGGAGACCAAGGAUGGCCUGAAGGAGUUUCUGCAGAACUUCCUGCUCUAUGGAAUUGCAUUUGUAGAGAAUGUCCCCCCAACUCGAGAGGAUACAGAAAAGUUGGCGGGCAGAAUCAGUUUGAUCAGAGAAACCAUCUAUGGUAGGAUGUGGAAUUUUACUUCUGAUUUCUCCAGGGGAGACACAGCGUACACCAAGCUAGCCCUGGAUCGCCACACUGACACCACCUAUUUCCAAGAGCCCUGUGGCAUUCAGGUAUUUCACUGUCUCAAACAUGAAGGGACUGGUGGUAGGACUCUGCUUGUGGAUGGAUUCUACGCAGCAGAAAAGGUCCUGCAGAGGACUCCUGCACACUUUGACCUCCUCAGCAAGGUGCCGCUGAAACAUGAGUAUAUUGAAAACGUAGGAGAAUGUCACAACCACAUGAUCGGGGUCGGGCCAGUCUUGAAUGUGUACCCAUGGAACAAAGAGCUCUACUUGAUCAGGUACAACAAUUAUGACCGUGCCGUCAUCAACACUGUGCCUUAUGAUGUUGUCCACCGUUGGUACGCAGCACAUCGGACCCUCACUGCAGAGCUGAGGAGGCCAGAGAAUGAGUUAUGGAUCAAACUGAAACCAGGCAAGGCCUUAUUUAUAGACAACUGGCGUGUUCUACAUGGCCGGGAAUCAUUCACGGGCUAUCGCCAGCUAUGUGGCUGUUACCUGACGAGAGAUGAUGUGUUAAGCACAGCCCGCUUCCUUGGACUUCAAGCUUAAAACUUCAGCUGUGGAAAUGAUGCCUGAGCAUGCUGGCUUAUCCUAAAGUGUAGGAAAUCUUGUAUCAGUCUUUAGAUUGGCCUCCUAGAGCACCCCAUAGCAUUUAAGCAUUCUCUCAUUACUGACAUGGGGACACACAUGAGAGAGGGCCUACUAGGCUCUAAAGUCCCCCACCCAGUAGCAAAACACUUCCCAUUCUCUUCCACAGAGCAGACAGUUUGUUUUUAGUUCUUGGGCCUUUUGGUGUAAUCCAGAUUAGCUCACUGCCGUGCUAUCCCUGCAAUAAAUCUCUUUGUAUCUGAAUCCCUUAAAAAAGGCCCAGACUAGGAAUAAUAUUGCUUAGAGCUGGAAGAGACUUCAUCAUUUAGUCCAACCCCCUCAUUUUGGAGAUUAGGAAAACUGAGGCCCUAAGAAGUUGAAUGACUGAUUCCAAGGUCUUAUAGCUAAUUUAUAUCAGUCAGGACUCCUUAUUCCCCCUCAAGGUCAGAGGGAGGCUUAGAAGAUUCUCAGGAAGUCUCUACCAUCAUCUGCUUCAGUGAGCAUAGGUAGAAUCAGGGGAUCAUGAGUUUAAAUGUGGAUGGAACCUCACAGACAGUCCAAUUCCCACAUUUUAUAUAGGGGAAGUGACUCACCCAAGCUCACACAAGUGACUGGGCUUGGAAUUGAACCAAAGUCCCCUGGUUCCAAAGAUCAUACAGAGCCAGUAUGUGAAUCUUCUGAUUCUAAAUCCAAUCCUCUCUCCUUCAUUGACAUCAGAAUCAUAGUAUUCAGAACAGGAAGCAUGCUUAAAAAUCAUCCAAUGCAAGCCCCUCAUUUGACAUAUGGGGAAACUGAGGCAUAGAUGGUCCAAAAUUACACAGGCAGUAAGGAACAUAGUUGGGAUGUAAGAACCUUGAAUGCCAAAGACCUUACUUGUACUUCAGAGUGAAACACCUUUAAGUUAUAGCUCAGUUAACAGAACAUGGUUAUCUUCUGUGGUAUCCAUUUCAUACCUUAGUUACUAGAAAGCAUUGAAUGCCUUCCAUUUCAGAAUUCUCGUACUUUGGCUCUGACAUUUUCAUUCCUAGCUAUGGUGCUUUCCUAAAACAUAGUGUUACGCUUGUAGUUCUCAGUCCCAUAAAUCUCCCUUGGGACUUGGGGGGAUCACAGGAUGGCAGAGAUAGAAGUGACCUUAGGGACCAUCUGACAAAACCCCCUCAUUUCAUAGAUGAGGAAACUGAGGGAGGAAAAAGGACAGGCUCAUGGGCUCAUGGAUGUAGAGCAAAGGACCUCAGAGGCCAUCAAGGCCAGGCAUCUCAUUGGACAGGCCUGGAAAGCUAAAAUGCCUUUGCCCCAGGCCACACAGUAAGUGGCAGAACUCAGAUUUGAACCCAGACCCUGUGACCACAGAUUAUUACACAUUUAAUAUCAGAUUUUGAAGAGAUUUUAGAAAUAAACUAGGCCAACUGCCUGAAUUUUACAUGGAAGGAUCUGUUGCCAAGAUGGGGAAAGGGAUUUGCCUGGCUCACCUCUCAACAAGCAGGAAAUAAGGAUGAUUUCUUUACCAAAGUACCUGCUUGUUCUGGUUGUGUAGUUUGCUGCACAGGGAGACAAUAUCUGGCCUGGCCAGUGAGUACCAGAGCUGCCAUUUCUAUUGGGUUUCCAGGUUUGCAAAGCACUUUAAUUUGGCUUAUUUCUGCUGUAACUGUUAUUUUUGAAAGGCAGAAAAAGGAGGGGAAGUUUGUAUGAAUUCAGAGGAAGGAAAGGGAAGAGAAUAAGCAUUUCUAGAGAAUCUACUGUGUGCCAUGAACCGAGCUAAGCACUUUAAGACAUCUCAUUGGAUCCUCACACAACACUGGGAGGUGGGUGCUAUUAUGAUCUCCAUUUUACAGAGGAGGAAACUGAGGCAAACAGAUGAAGUGACUGGCCCACAGUUGCAUGGCUACGUUGGAUUUGAACUUAGACCUUUCUGACCCCUGGCCUAACUCUCGUGUAUUGUGGCACCCCCGGCUACCUAGGGGUAUAGUUCAGAGCCAGUGGUCCUGCUGCUGCUGCUACUCUUGAUACACUAGAUUUAUGUAGCAUUUGAAUGUUUCUAGAACAUUUCACAUACGUUAUCUCGUUUGAAUUCCCCAACACUGUACUGUAGAUGGAAGAGGCAAUAGCACCAUUUUACAGAUUUUUAUAAAUAAGCAAGUGGAGAUGCAGAGAGGCUGGAUUCAGAAAUACCUGGCUUCCAAUCCUACCUGGACACCUCCUGCUUGUGUAACCCCUAGCAGGUCCUUAGCCUCUCAGGGCUCUGGCAAACUCUCUGAGAGAAGUUGCAAAAGACCUGCUGCACUCCCUUAGUAGAGGGUGUCUCCUCACCCAAGGCGUUCCUGAGGAAGGAACAGAUCCAUACCAAAAAACCCAAAACAACAACAAAACCCACAAGCAGAACAUUUUUAAAAGGAUGAGAAAACUAGCAGCCCAGAGAGUUCUAAGUCUUUGGCCCCUAGCCAGGGAGGUUCCAACCCUAUUCUUUUACUGCUAGAGCACCACUCUUCACUCUCCACCUUUUGUCUGGGCAAGGGAAUGGAGGGCUGCUUUGCUGACUCGUCUAAAGAUCACAGCCUCAUAUGAGAGGAACCCUAAAUCAAGUUCUUCAUGUUUUCAAAGUUGGAGUAUAAUUUGACACCCUCCCCUCCCCUAAUAUCCAUAUCAGUGGAAUGAUGAAGUGUGUUGUAACAGGUACCAAAUGUAAAGGGUUUUGCAUUACGGUGUUUUCAUGUAACUUCCUUAGACUUUUGCCUAAUAAAAACCCAAAGCCCUUUA